AUGUUCAUAAAACAAAUAUUGAGCCUCUGCAUAUUAUUUUUGAUCUCCACAGUUGUAAGAACUGAUGAAGAUGGUCAAAAUGUAAAGGGGCAAAUUAACAUUUGCCCGCUGGAGACAUCCUGUGUAAGUGUGAAUGAAAGCAACGCCGUCUGCAGAUAUGAUGACAACAAAGGAUGCAUACGAAAAUACGAAUCCAAAUGUCACUUGGAUAUUGCAGCCUGCCGUGAUGGAAAGGACUACACCGACUACAGUGACGUAUACUGCACAAUGGAGACAUUCAUUUGCGAGGAGAUAUUGACAUUUGAACGGUGGACCAUCUUCUUUGGUCACGUGAAAGAUUGAUACGUUCCAACGGUGUGAAUAAAGGCGCUGGCUUUCAAUA